CAUGGUCUGGGGAGACCAGAUAUAGUGAAUGCAGGGUCCUGGGAGACCAUAUAUAGUGAAUGCGGGGUCCGGGGAGAGCGGAUAUAGUGAAUGUGGGGUCUGGGGAGACCAGAUAUAGUGAAUGCACGGGUCCGGGGAGACCAGAUAUAGUGAAUGCAGGGUCCUGGGAGACCAGAUAUAGUGAAUGCGGGGUCCGGGGAGACCAGAUAUAGUGAAUGCAGGGUCCGGGGAGACCAGAUAUAGUGAAUGCAGGGUCCGGGGAGACCAGAUAUAGUGAAUGCAGGGUCUGGGGAGACCGGAUAU